CAAAACCUUCACUUUUUUGCAAUGCCUUCUUCGGAAAUAAAGCUCCUAAUAUGUAUUACUCCGAUCUACGGCCAUGUAAUGCCAAUCAAGGCUGUUGCGUCGGCGCUUGUUCAGAGAAAUUAUGAUGUUACAGUGUUGACAGGCUCUGAUUACAAGGCGCAGAUUGAGGCGAUUGGCGCUUCUUUCGUUCCCCUCGAUGGAGAAGCCGAUAUCACUCAAGUAAGACUAGCUGAAUUGAUCGAAACCUUUGUCAAGGUGAUACCACCACCAUCUGGGGAUGCCCUGAUGUUGAAGACAUUCAUAGGAUGGAUCCCACCGCAGCAUCUAGGCGUCCAGAAAGCUUUGCAAAAGAUGACGGCGGAGAAUCCGAGAGAUCGGAUUAUGGUUCUUUUCGAAAGCGCUUUCAGAGGCACGCUGCCCACAUUGCUUGGUGCAGGAGAUAUACGACCCAUUGGCCAAAUUGGUAUCGGAGUUGUACCCAUUAUGAGGCUCACCAGUAUUGAUACCGCGCCAUGGAAAAGUGGUUCGAGAGUAGAUCAAUCAGAAGCUGGAAGAAUAGAGAACGUUGAACUUACCAGGAAAGACAAAGAAAAGUACACGAAAUCACAAGCUAGAUGGGAAGAGAUUCUCCGAGAAAAUGGAGCCAAAAAUCCCGGAUUAUGGUGGAGCGAUGUAUCCUUUCAUUGUGCGGAUCGAUUCAUCCAAAUGUGUGCGCCCUCGAUAGAGUACCCCAGGUCAGAUGCUCCUGCAGGCCUUCGCUUUUCGGGUGGGUUACCACCAGGAUUGAGGGAUCCUAUGAAGUCAACCCCUGCUUGGUGGAAUGAUAUUGCAGUUAAUCCCCAGAAAAAGCGGAUAGUUGCUGUUUCCCAAGGGACAAUCGCGAUGGACGCUACGCAAUUGAUUAUUCCUACAAUGAUGGCAAUGAAGGACCAAGAGGAUGUGCUCGUCGUUGCAGCGCUUGGGAAGGAAAAUGCCAAGCUGCCCGAAGAUUUCGGUGUCCCGCAGAAUUCUAGAUAUGCGGAUUUUAUCCCAUAUGAUGAAAUGCUUCAGUAUUCUGAUGUUUUUGUCACGAAUGGUGGGUAUGGAUCCGUCCAACAUGCACUGGGAAACGGGGUGCCUCUGAUUGUAGGCGGUGUUGGUGCUGACAAACCUGAGAAUGCCAUGCGAGUUGCAUGGGCUGGUGUCGGCAUCAACCUCGAGACGCAUCAGCCAAGUACCGAAGCACUUUAUGAUGCGGUCAUGGCCAUCUUGGGGGACACGAAAUACAGCAUGCGAGCCAAGGAGAUCCAGGAGGAGAUGAAGUCUUUCGACCCAAUCGGCGUAAUUGAGCAAAAUAUAGAAGAUGUAGCGCGCAUCUCGAAGGAGAAAAGCGGCGUUGCAGAAUGAUUUAGAGAAUUAGAAGCACCUGCAGUAGGGGACCCCGAAGUAUUGCUAUCUCCGAGUCCCAAUUGAGCGGCUCUUCACUUGUUCAUUAGGUACGAG